GCUAAAGGGGCCCCUGGCGCCAGGCUUUCUGUCCGCGGCUGCCUGCCGAGAGGCCGCUGGGGCUCCCGGCGCUUUCUCUGCUGCUGCUCCGAGCGGAGCUUUCCGGCCGCUCCCAGCCGCCUGGGAGGAGGCCCGUCCUGCAGCUCUCCUGCCUUCCAGAAUAUCCCGGAGAUCCCCGAGGACCUGAAGCAGCUCUACAAGACGGUGUGGGAGAUCUCCCAGAAGACCAUCCUGAAGAUGGCGGCUGACCGGGGCGCCUUCAUCGACCAGAGCCAGUCUCUCAACAUCCACAUUGCGGAGCCCAACUACGGCAAGCUGAGCAGUAUGCACUUCUACGGCUGGAAAGAGGGCCUGAAGACAGGGAUGUACUACCUGCGGACCAAGCCGGCGGCCAACCCCAUCCAGUUCACCCUCAACAAGGAGAAGCUGAAGGAGAAGGCCUCCCGGGAGGAGGAGGAGAAGGAGAGGAACACGGCGGCCAUGGUCUGCUCCCUGGAGAACCGGGACGAGUGCCUGAUGUGCGGCUCUUAAGGAGCCCCCUGGGCCUCCCCCCGCCUCUCCCCCCCCCCCCGCUAGGUCAGGUAGCUCUAGGUCCCUGUCCGGGGCAGCCAGGCCGGGGCGCUGGGCCUGAAGGAAACUGGGUAGCCACCCGGCCCUUGCCUUCCCUUGGAAGCGGCCAAGCCAGGACUGGGAGGGUAGUAGGUCAA